GCUGCGGUAGUGAGUAUAGUAUCCGGCGAAACCAAUCAGAGCAGGCGCCUUAUUAUAUGCGCAUAAUGCAUCCAUAAAUCAGCGAGUGUUUUGAUUCACUCUGAGGAAAGGAAAGUACCAGCGUUCAUUCGCUUUCCUCUGGCACGACGGUUCGUCUCUUUUGAACAGAACGGUCGCCUGCGCUUCGCAUUACGAAAAUGAUCGCACGAGGAUGCGCUGCUCUCGUGGUGCUGGUGAAUUUUGUCUUCUCCGUACCUGUCUCUCCAGGUCACAUGGACGAUAAGGAUGUGAAGGUGAUGAAGUGUAUUGUGGAAGUAAUUGCAGAUGCCCUGUCCAAGCCUCAUCUCAUCCCAGUCUCCCAGGACUGCCUUGAAACCCUCAGCGCUGAUGACAGGCUUGUGAGCAUCCUGCGCCACCGCAACUUUCUCAGAGAGAUGCAAGAUAUCGCUGCAGAGGGAUCCAAUGAAAGAGCACAGAAACACCCAGGAGAUGCACCUGAACAUGUGACUAGCCUCACUAUAGACACAAUAAAAACUGCAGAUGAUCAGUCAAUGUUGGUUGCCUUGGAUAAACCAGAAGAAGAUGCAGAGAAGAGAGGAGCAGGAGAGGAGAACUCCAGGGAGAGUGAGGAGACAGAGCAGGAGUCUCAAAAACGCAACCAGAUUGCUGAGGAAGAGGAGCUUGAAGAACAUGAGAGUCCAAGCAAUCACAUUUCCAACUCCAUAAACCCAGAGCAGAACAGAGAGUCACAGGAGGAGGCCACAAAAAGGGAAGAGGAUAAACAAGAGAAGAAACACUCCAGCUUGGAAAAGGAGAAGGAAAAUGAUCCGGCUCACCAUAAAGAUGGGGAAACAGCCACAGAUGAUCAUGAAGCAAAUCCCGACAUAAAACAAUCUAUCAUGGAGGACAGCGAGGAGCACAAGGGAGCUGAAACAGAGAGAACACAUUCAAAAGAAGAGCUGGAAGAAGAGGAGGAGAAGAAAAGGGAAGUUGGAGUGAAGCGCUGGAGUCAUGUGAGCAAACUGUCCCACAAGAGAGUAGAGGCAAGCCCAAAGCUGGAUGAGCACUGGGAAGCACCACAGCACUCUAAGGAGAGAGAAGGUCAAGAGGGGGAGCUGUGGAGGAGCCCUGAGGAGCAGGAGCUACAGCUCAUGGCACAAACUCAACCACAGGACAAACGAGAUGAAGAGGGCAGCGGCAGCAGAAAGACAGGGGAUGCUGAGAUCGAAAGUCUGGCUGCCAUUGAGUCUGAACUGGAGAGUGUGGCUCAGAAGCUCCAUGAUCUGAGACGAGGCUGAGCUGCUCCAGCUCUUCUUCUCUUUCCACUUUGCCCUUCAUCUCUCCUUCAGUAGAAAGGCAUGUUAACUGGAGAGGAGGCUCUCACCUUCUUGCUCAGUCCACAGCAGCGCAAGCUCUUAUCUCAGCGCCGCAGAUUCUCUGCUUAUUCCCUCCAUGUGUAAAAUGAAACCUCAAAGCGACUUCUCUGGUGUCAGACAUUCAGAGGUCCCUUCACUUUUUUCUCCCAGCUCCUCCGCUUUGCUUUAUUGUGCUUGCUUCCGGAAGAAAUCUGGGCAUUGAGUACAUUUAAUGUAAAAUAUUUGCUACUCAGAAUUAUCACACUGGGUUGAAAUUUUAAUAAACGUAAGGAUAUAUAUCUGAUAGAUUGUACCCGAUAUCAUGGAGUCUUAUGAUCCAUAGGCAAUAAUGUUUUUAUUAGAUAUGGUGAUGACUGUAAUUAAAUGCUUUUUGGGUUUCAAGAAAACAAAUAAAGAUCAAAAAGAAGUGUUUCAAACUGAUUCCACAAUGUGUGAGUCUGAACUAAACCUCAAAGCGACCCAAAACUGAUGUCAAUACAGCAGACAAACAAUCAGUCAAAUAAUUCUCAGUGCUAAAGUUUGAUUUUAUUGUCCUUUUCAUUCUUUUCAUUCUCAAAAUAAAAAAUUGCCAUAUUUAAAAGCUAUACAUCAUGUACAAGUAUAACGUGAUGGAGAUAAAACAGACUAACAAACUUACAUUGUCAAAAUAGCAAAUAUAAUACAUUUGUCAAUCAUAUUUCAGGGAAAGUUCACCCAAAAAUGCAAAUUCUG